AUGUCGCACGCAACGUUUCUUGAUGAUGAAGAAGGGAAUUCAAGAAGUUCUUUGCAACAUGAGAGAUUACCGAUACAGGAAGUAUGUGUGCGUAUCACUGUCAGUGUCAUCCGACCGGACCAAGCCGAUGCUGAUAUCAUAUCGCUUGAGGUGGGUGGGGACAUGACCGUUGAGCUUCUCAAAGCUAUCGUCGAGAGCGAAACCUCCGUUCCCCCGAGCGCCCAACGAAUCGUCUACAACAAUCAGUUACUCGGAGAUGAUGCACGUACCCUUGAACAGGUUGGAAUCGGGGAAGGAGAUAUGUUGGGUGUCCAUGUUACGCUGCGGAGUCCUCAGGCGCCCACCCGCACUGCUGGCGGCCCUAGCGCUCCUGCUGCGCAACAAAACCUCCAACGGCGUCAGGCGAUGAACCCAGAUCCCGAGACCAUCCGGUUACACAUUCUAGGCGACCCUCGAGUGCGCGAAGCUGUCCGACGGCAAAACCCGGAAUUGGCAGACGCAGCCAGUGAUGCCCAGCGGUUCCGCGACGUAUUCCUCAACCAACAGCGGCGGGAGGCUCAGUUAGAGGCUGAGAAGGAGGCCCGGAUUGCAAUGUUGAACGCAGAUCCGUUCAACCCGGAAAACCAGCGGCAGAUUGAAGAGAUCAUUCGCCAGAAUGCGGUGACAGAGAACCUCCAUAACGCCAUGGAGCAUCAUCCGGAAUCGUUCGGUCGCGUGACCAUGUUGUACAUACCAGUCGAAGUCAACGGCCACAAACUUAAUGCAUUCGUCGAUUCUGGCGCCCAGGUCACUAUCAUGUCCCCCGAGUGUGCGACCGCGUGCAACAUCAUGCGUCUGGUAGACCAGCGAUACGGGGGAAUUGCUAAAGGAGUGGGCACUGCGAAUAUCCUGGGGCGCGUCCAUUCGGCUCAAAUCAAGAUCGGAAGUAUGUUCUUGCCAUGUUCUUUUACCGUGAUGGAAGGCAAGCACAUUGAUCUCCUCCUGGGUCUGGAUAUGUUGAGGCGGCAUCAGGCCUGCAUCGACCUCAGGAGGGGAGCACUGGUCAUUCAAGACCAAGCAGUGCCAUUUCUGGGAGAGGCAGAUAUUCCUAAGCAUCUGCAAGAUGGAUUCGAGGAUGAGCCUUUGGUCAAAGGUGCUGACGGUGCCGAAGUCGGCGCUCGGACGGGUGCAGUUACUCAUCAGGCACAAGGGCCCGGUGGCGCCAGCUCAUCUACGGCACCUCCGUCUCGUCCAGCUCCGGCACAGUCAUCCCGGUGGCCACAAGAUUCCAUCGCGAAGAUCACCGAGCUCGGUUUCACUCGGGAGGAGGCUAUGCGGGCACUAGAUGCAGCUAACGGGGACCUCGACGGGGCCAUUGGCUUUCUGAUAUGA